AGCAUCGUCGUGGCGCACGGCCUCUUUGGCUCGAAGCAGAACUGGCGCAGCAUCGCACGCGCCAUGGCGGCAAAGUGGGGCCUCGACGUGUGGGCCGUGGACCUGCGCAACCACGGCACGUCGCCGCAUGCCUCGUCCAUGACGUACUCGGAGCACGCGGCCGACCUCAGCGCCUUCUUCGCACAGCAUGGCCUCGAGCAUGUCGCCCUCGUGGGCCACUCCAUGGGCGGCAAGACAGUCCAGACUCUCGCCCUCUCUCGCGUCGGCGAGCCGACGCAUCCGCUGCACAGCCUCGUGUCGGUGGACAUGGCGCCGGCGCGCGGCAGCCUGAGUCCGGAGUUUGCGCGCUACAUGGACGCCAUGGUCGAGAUUGAGGAGGCCAAGUGCGCCUCGCGCAAGGACGCCGACGAGAUCAUGCAGCGCACAGAGCCGGACGCCGGCGUGCGCUCCUUCCUCCUCACAAACCUCGAGCGGCGCAAGGAUGCGGCGCACUGGUCCUUCCGCAUCCCCGUACGCAGCCUGCAGACACAGCUGCCGGCGCUCGGCGACUUCCCGUUUGACGCGCCGGGGCAGGAAGAGGCGGGCUCGGGCCGGCCUGUGCGCUCGUGGGACGGGCCGACGCUGUUCAUGAAGGGCGCCAAGAGCAAGUACAUCAACCGCCGAAACAUCCCAAUCUGCGACGCCUACUUCCCCAACGCGCAGCAUGUCUCGCUCGAUGCCGGCCACUGGGUUCAGGCCGAGCGGCCCAACGAGUUCCAGGAGGUGCUGGGCCGCUUCUUG